GACUAAUUCCGUCGAUAAGUCGAACUCCUUAGGCACCGACUGAAGUUUUUUGAAGUAACCACGUGUUUAUAACCUAUUGUAGGAAUGUUUUGAAUCACAAAACACUUGUCACUUCCGUUUUCCAUUAAAAAAUUCAUGAAAAAUUCAUUAUUUUAAUUAUUGCAUUAAAAAAAUUGAGAAAUGAGGAAUCUGGCUGUUCUGUAUCACAGCAUCAGAGGGUUGAGGGAGGCAGAGGCAGGAUGUCCAGAGCUCCAGGAAGCACUCGAUAAACAAUUCGUCUGCAACAAUGAUCCUGACAGUGACACUCUCUUUAUUUUGGAGGGAAAUCGCCUCUUUUUUAUUAGUUGCAAAGAGGACAUUGAAAUUGCCAUUGAAAAGGGCAUUGAUAUUCCAAGUGCAUCAAGGACACCGGUUGGAGUGGAGCACUGGAGUGACAAUGGACUGCUGUACUGUGCCUAUUCAUCUGGAGAAUUGGUCAAAGUCAUACCAAAGUGGCCGUUCAAUCAGGAAAUCGUUGCGAAUAUCGAAGAGGGAAUAAAAUGCAUUAAAUUGAGUCCCGACCAGGAAAUACUCGUCUUGAUUACUGGGAUUGACAAUGUCAUUACUAUGAUGUCCAAUCUCCAAGUGUUAUCCAAGGUAAAUUUGCACACUGACCAAUUCGGAGAGAGACAAUUCAUAACAGCUGGAUGGGGUGCUAAAGAGACACAAUUCCACGGUACCGAGGGUAAAGCAGCAGCAAAAGCAAAACCAGUGAUAAUAGGUAAAACUGAGAAUGAUACUGGUACGUGCUCAGUAACAUGGCGAGGUGAUGGCACCCUAUUUGCCGUCACAUUUCUGAAUAAAUCGGACGAUGCUAGGCACUUCAAAGUCUUCAACCGUGAGGGCGUCCUCCAGUGGACGAGUGAGUUGACGAGUGGCUUGGAAGAGAACCUUUCCUGGAAGCCAUCUGGCAAUCUGCUCGCCUCCACCCAAAGACUCCCGAACAAGCACGUCACAGCACUCUUCGAGAAAAAUGGACUGAAGCACCGAGAGUUCUCUCUUCCAUUUCUACCAAAUGAAACCCAUGUGAAAAAGAUCAUCUGGUCACCAGAUUCAGAGAUUUUAACCAUCUGGUGUCAGAAGUACCAUCAGAAGGAGACAUUCCUCCAGCUGUGGACAGAGAAUAAUUACCACUGGUACCUGAAACAAACAAUUCCCUUUAAAGAGGAGAACCCUCUGGUAUUUUUUACCUGGAGCACAAUUCCCCGUGCUAAGAAACGUCUGAUCAUCCUGACCAGGGACAACUUUAUGAUUUACGCAUUCAGAUGGUCAAUCGAUCGCACUCGUGGACAAUCUGACGACGAUAAAGCUGUCGUGGGUGUUGUUGACGGUGACAGAGUUCUCCUGACUGCCUUCAAAGUGGGCAUCAUGCCACCCCCCAUGUCACAUCACUCAGUGCAAAUUAAUGGAACAUCCAAUGGUUUCUUCUUCGCACCACUUUGUCUCAAAGAUACUCACCACUGGCUUGAUUCCAAUUGCUUAUUCGUAAAUGUGAAGAAUAAUCAAUUGGCACUGUAUCUCCAUCAAGAUGAAGGGCCCCUAAGCUAUAAACAUUUUAAGACCUUUGACUUGGAGUGGAAAGUCCCAAAGGUGGUGGACGAGAGACUGGGGUACACAAUGCAUCAUUUCGUAUGGAUGAGAAACGAUUUGAUAUUAUGCUCUGCAUCUGUUGAAGGGCGAAGUUAUCUUUGCGUUGUGGAGGUGGAGAAUCUAAACGUAGAGAGAGAAACUGGAAGACUUGUUGUCAGUGAAGCCUUGAUGAUGGACGGUUCUAUACAUCAUAUUGCCCCGACCACCGAUCUAAACCAAGCGUAUCUGAUCGUGGAUAGUAGUGUGUUGCAAUACACCCACGGAGAGGGUCUCACACCAACUGAAAUAUUUUUACCAGAACCGUGUGAUCACGUCGAGGUCGUUAGGAUCGGCAUGCGACAAGUGCUCGUCACACUUGGUAGCAGAAACCGUCUCUUCCUCGACGGCGCAGAAGUUGCUAAUAACAUUACUAGUAUUUGCAUUCAUUCGGAAUUUCUUCUGCUAACAACUCUGCAGCACGCACUGGUAACGGUCAAGAUGGAUGAGCUUGGUUUUUCCAAAUUUUCCACAUCGACGCUAUCAAUUAAAUCAUGGGGGACUGAUUUUGAUGAGAACACAGGAUUGAGCAUAAGAAGAAUGGAACGAGGUGGAAGUCUAGUGAAUGCUUUACGUAAGGAUGAUAAAGCCAUUCUCCAGAUGCCCAGAGGUAAUCUUGAGACUAUUCAGCCACGUUCCAUGUCUCUCCACAUAAUCAAAACCCAUCUGGUCUCCCUCAACUACUUCACAGUCUUCGAUAUAAUGAGAAAACAGCGAAUUAAUUUGAACUUGAUCCACGACCACAACCCUCGAGUGUUUAUGUCGACCGCUGAGAAGUUCAUUGAUGACAUAAAAAAUCCCUGCUGGUUGAAUUACUUUAUCUCCGAAUUGGUCGAGGAGGAUGUUACUGAUACCAUUUACAGAAGCUGCUACACGAAAGAGGAAAAUGCAGUGAGAAGGGAUGAAUUUGAAAAGCCUGACGGUCGCAAGGUCGAGCGAAUCUAUCAGCAUCUUCGACAGAUCAUGGAGAAGAAAGCAGAUAAACGAAAUCUAGUGCAGCCAAUUCUUACGUGCCUAGUUAAAAACAAGCAAGUAUCUGGAUUAGAGGCAGCUCUCCAGAAAAUUAAAGAGUUCAAAUCAAAAGAGGGAACGAAAGAAGGUCGUCAACAAUCAGCAGACGAGGCUCUAAAGUACCUUCUGUAUCUCGUUGAUGUCAAUGUUCUCUACGACAUAGCCCUGGGAAUGUACGACCUUGAUCUUGCUAAAUUCGUGGCGUCAAAGUCCCAGAAGGAUCCCAAGGAAUACAUACCAUACCUCAACAAUCUGGCUCAACUUGAGGAGCAUUACCGUAAAUUCAAGAUUAAUAAAGAUCUCAAGAGAUACGAAGCAGCCCUGGAGCAUAUAGCCUAUCGCCUGGAUAAAUUCGACGAAUGUAUUGAUCUCAUAGUUAAUCACACACUUUUCGUAAAAGCUGUUAAAAUAUUCCCGAGGGAAACUUACGAGUACAGGAAAGUCACGGGGAUAGCCGGUGAAUACUUCUUGAGAAAUAAAAAAUAUCGUGAAGCUGCAGUGAUGUACCAUCGCAGUGGGAAUCUGGAGCGGGCCUUUGAGUGUUAUAAAAUAUCGGGUAGUUGGCAGGAUGCCAUUAUAGCCUCUACUGAGAUGGAUUUGAAUCCUGGGGAAAUGAAUAAAUUGUAUAAAAUUCUUGUGCGUCAGAUGGUUGAGGACCGACGAUUUUGUGAUGCUGCAGAAAUAUCAUUGGCGUAUCUCAAAUCUGAGGAAGAUGCUGUGUCCCUGAUGUGUCAGGGUAAAGAAUGGAGAGAGGCAUCAAGAAUAGCGCAUACCUAUGGCAGAUUGGAUUUAAUCGAGACGGAGGUGAAGCCUGGGGUGGAGGAGCACGCUGCAUGGCUACUGUCCAAAAUAUCGGAGAAUAGGGGAGAGUUUUUAAAGUAUAAGAAGAGACUGCUCAUUGUGAGGAGCGAAAUAGCUAAGAGGGAGGCCGAAGAGGCCCUCGCUGAAGAAGAUGAUGGUGCGGGUGGAGAGGUCAGUGAUCUAUUGAGCGAGACCAGCAGUCUUGCGGGAUCCAACACCAGCCUCAGCUCUGGGAGCUCGAGGAGCUCCGGAAGGAGUUACAGAUCGAGUAAAAAUAGGAGAAAGCAAGAGAAAAAAGUACUCAGCAUAAAAGAGGGGAGUGUUUAUGAAGAUCUGGCACUUGUUCGCGCACUACACACUAUUAUUUCUACUGCCUAUUCUCAGAGAAAAGAAGUUGUAAAUGUCAAUCGAGCUUUACUCAGUUUGUAUCUCGACGAGACAGCUGAAAAAUUGCAGAAUGCACUCAUUGAUAUGAUUGAAAUUAUCGAGAAGAAUAUCGACGAGAUCUGGCUGAGACGAGAGAGUGAAGAAGAAGAGAAUCGAGUGAAUGGACACAGGAAGAUGAACCCCCGGAAACUACUUGAAUCCAAAUUCACGUAUGCACCUGAAGUGUCUUCGGUCAAUUGGAAACUAGACAUAUUUUCAACAAUUAAACGUACACCCAAAUUGUAGAUACAAAUUAUUAUGGCUAAUAAAUGCACUU